AUGAGUAAUUUAUUGCGGGGAUUGCUAAGUAAAUUGUGCGUCUGUUUCUAUCUGUCAUGGAGCAUGUAUGUACCCAGUCUGGGCAGAGAAUUUGACGUGGCAACCAACCACUGGCUUGUGGAGACGACACAUGAUGGUGGUGAGGAGCUGGCCCGUAGGGUGGCUCGGGAAACUGGAUUCACUUACAUUGGGCCUGUUUUGGGAUCCAAGAGCGAGUUUCAUUUUAUUCAUGGCGGUAUACCUCACGCAAGAUCAAAAAGAAGUCUCACUCACACUCGUCAGUUACGUGCUCACCCACAGGUUCGUUUCGCUUACCAGCAGAGCGGGUAUAUGCGAGUCAAAAGGGGCUAUAAAGAUCCACACAAACUGCUCUCCAACAACAAACAGCACAUCUCUUUGAAAGCCAAACCGCGACUUCCCAAAGAUCCGGAUUUCGGAAAGCAAUGGCAUCUG